CAGGUUGUCAACUAUCUUUGGGACAAAGUGAUGUUCCAUUAUUCUGAAUGUAGUGUGAAUCACAGUGAAAUUUGAUACUCGUAAUUGUCGUAAUGGAAAACAGUAUUCAAUGCAUAUUAGUUGUAUUAUUAGCAGCACUGGAAAUCAGUCAAUCUCAAAGUUGUCCAAAGUGUAGUUCUAGUGUCCCAUGUGUGUCAUCCUUAACCGAAUGUCCAGAUAAACAAUACCUCGUUCAAAAUGCUAACCUUUGCGACUGUUGUCCUGGAUGUAAAGGAGGAGCAGAAUUUGGAUAUUUCUGCAGUUCCUCCAGCUCCUGUGCUCCAGGACUUACAUGCCAAAACGAUAAGUGUGUUUUCGAUAAAACAACAUGUUCCUAUACUUAUCAUCUGAAGCACCUUUCGGUAUUACCAACAUGUGAAGUUGAUGGCACAUUUGCUGCUGUUCAAUGCAAGGGUGAUAGAGUUAUGGGGCGAUGCUUUUGCUACUCCGAAAGUGGUGAACGUAUUUUCGGAUGGGCAUGGCGAAGGGAUGCAGAGGAUAUGACCUGCACUUGCAGUCGAAUGAAAUACAAAUUAAUGAAAAGUGGUCAAAUUGAUAAUACGAUUCACUGUGACCAGAAAGGAAAUUUUGAGCCUCUACAAUGCAGUAAUGGAGUUUGUUGGUGUGCUGAUGCAAAAACUGGUGAAAUUAUUCACGGAACUCGAGCAGUGCCAGAAUCUAUGUGGACGUUUUUGCCUUGCUAUGACAUUGUAAAAAUGGGUCUCACUUAUCUGAGACAAUGUGAAAGUGCAGCGUAUGCACAGUAUCUGAUGCAGAAGACGCUCGCAAUCCAUGGCACCAUACAUGCAGAAUUCAAGAAAAUUAUCUGUGAUUAUGAUGGCGCUUAUGGGAUUUACACCGUUGCUGAUGGAAUAGUUGCUUGCCAGUGGAGAGAUGGAACGAAGAUUGGAUCAUUUCAAGGAUCAUCAAACACAAUUUCAAAGGUUAAUUGCAAUUGUGCCCGGGAUCAGAAAAUUUUUGCUGAGGCUGGUUUAACACAUACUCUAGCAUGUAACGGGAACGGUAACUACGAAAGCAUACAGGAUAUCAACGGACAGUUUUUCUGCGUGGAUCGUGAUGGAUUCGCAGUUAGUGUACCCAUUGAAACAGAUCACGCACCCGAUUGUGAAAAAUACAUAUAUUAUGAAAUAGCAGCGCCACCAGAUAAUGACUCCGAGGACUAUAAAUCACCAGAAAUAAAAGAUGGUGCAUACAUGUAUCCUGAUUAUUUCGGCGGAGACCAUCUUUAUUACUAAGAAUUGAUGAAUUGGUGAUAAAAGCUUUGCUUGGAAUAAAGCAAAAUUAUACUCCGUAAUCUUUGUUAAAUAAGUUAC